UUCAUUAUCAUAAAAGUCCUUCGUUUGUUCGAUUUACUUGAUCUUUGGAAAGUAGUUAACUAAGUACUUUUUUUUUGUUCUUUCUUUCUUUGGUUCUUUCUUUGGUUCUUUCUUUGAUUUGUUCUGUUAAGGUUUAGGCAUCGCAUUAAGAGACUUAAAUGACAAAUCAUUCGUUCAAGUUCCCUUCUUUGGGGCCUUUGAAACAGAUCUUGAGAAGAAAUGAUGACUAUAACCAAACUAGUGCCCCCACUAGUGUGUCAGCCAGCUCAAGCCCAAGCACAACUUCAACUGGCAUUGCUAGCUCAACCCAAGAUUUUGUUUCGGCUUCUUUGACUAGUUUGGACACCCAACCGUCUUCCACGACUGAUUCAAGCUCAAACUCUUUGAUAUCCCCUAGAGCAUCGUAUACGUCCCUUCUGUCCUUGGCUUCUCCCACCGGCUCGUCCAGUAAUCACAAGAGAAACUCCAGUGAUGGGUCCAUCACCUCUAGUGAUCCUACCCCAACGUCAUCGACGUCUUUUGCAUCUGCAUCCGAAGAUGAAAUACCGUCUUCCUCAACCUCUUCACUGGCUCAACCUUCUAGUGACUCUUCUAGUGACUCUUCUAGUGACUCUUCUAGUGACUCUUCUAGUGGCUCUUCUAGUCAGUCGUCCAGUGACUCGUCCUCAAAUACUUCAAGUGAAGUUUCCACUAGCGAAACAUCCAUUGGACCUUCCUCGACUGAAACUUCGUCCAGUGCUGCUUCCAGUGAAACUUCCAGCGAGUCCUCGUCCAGUGCUACUUCCUCUAGUGAAGCUUCCAGUGAAACUACCAGUGACACUUCUUCCAGUACUACUUCAUCGAGUCAAUCUUCAUCCAGUCAUUCUUCUAGCGAAUCCUCUAGUGAAUCCAGUGAAUCCAGUGAAUCCUCUUCUUCAUCAAGUGGACCCUCGUCAACUUCUGCAUCUGAUUCCCUGUCGUCUGAACAAAAUCAACUGUCUUCUUCAGAAACGUCAGAAUCAUCUAUAUCCAGUGACUACUCUAGCUCCGUAGGAUCAACCACCACCGAAUCUACCUCCCUGUCAGCGGCCCUGAGCUCCUCCUCGUCAUCCAGAUCUAGAUCCAAUAUCCCAAGCUCAACGUCGGAUUCCUCCUCUUCAACAUCCCAUUCAUCAUCCCACUCUUCUUCUGCAUCUUCGUCCACUCAUUCUUCAAAGUCUUCCAGUUCGUCUUCUUCUAAUCUGUCCUCAAGACAUCGACACUCAUCUUCACACUCAUCUUCCUCUCCUUCAAGCUCGUCAGCAUACGCAUCAAUUACUUCAGAUAGCUCAUCCACCAGUCACACAGCAGCAAGGACUGCUCCAAUCACUUCUGGUUCAGUCUCUGAAUAUACUACAUUAAGUUCUUCUCCAGAUACUACCAUCACUUCGCUUAUAGCUGUCCCCACCUCGGUUGCUUCUUCUUCAAGUGAUAACCAAACUACAGCUCAAAAAAACUCGAAAUUAAUCGGUGGUUUAGUAGGUUCUGUUGGUGGUACCAUCGUAAUUGGUACCUUGGUUGUUUUUUUCCUUUUCUUGAAGAAAAGAAAGAGAGGUUCUCUUACAAACCAAUCACCAGAUUUCAAUAAUGAAUCUGGCUCUUCAUCAUCAGAAUUUAAAUCUGAUCUGAAGAAUGGGUUCAAGAAAUUAUUCGGUUCUAAGAAUACCCCGGCCAUGAUUGGGGGUGCUGCAAGAGCUGAUGAUUUAGAACGUCAAAUUAAUGAUCGUGCCGGGGUUAACACUGCCGGUGCUGGGGUUGGUGCUUCGGGUCCUUUCUCUUCUUCUGAAGAAGAUGGUUUCCAAUACCGUGGUAUCACCAAUAGUAAUAAUUUGGAUUCUGUUUUCAGACUGCCUGGUAAUAGUACUGGUCAAAAUAGUGGCGCUACUAGUGGUAAUGUCAGUACAAAAGGAGGCUUGACUAAUAGUACUAGAUUUAGUUCAAAUGGUGGUCUAUCUACAAUGCAUGAAGAUUAUUACGAUUCUAGUCCGUUUGAUCAAGGCAAUAAUACUGGUUAUGGAUCCACCGGUGCUACAAGAGCUGCUGGCGCUGGUGCUGGUACCGCAGGGGCUGCUUAUGGUCACUCGAGGGGUGAUUCUGAAGAUUCUGUUGAUGCUGGAUUCAACCCUUCUGAUUAUGACAUUGAUGAAGACGAUGAAUUUCUCCCAGUAAAUCGUGGGGUUAUCUUCGGUACUGAAAACCAUAGUAAUAAUUCAAAGUCAAGAUUUACCGAAGAAAUUAUUUGAUUGUAUUUUAGCUGGCGUUAAUUAAUCUUAUUGACGAUUCUUUUUGCAUACUCUGUAUUUAGUUCUCAUUUCCAAUUAUAUUAGGUUAACUUUCAUUAAACAAUUGUACUUGUCG